UUUAGUUUCAGUUGUUGAGCUUUGCACUACAAAACCGAGAAAGACCCAAGGCUUUUUACAGUGGGAUCAUUUCUACAGACUACAAAUAGAGGGAAGUUGUCUUGUGCCUUACUAGAGACAGAUGAACCAAUAAAAUGAUUGGAAAGGCUCUUUCCAAUAAAAUGAUCUUGUACAGUUUAUUUCUUAAUAUAUUUUGGUCAGUAUGUUGUUUAUUUUCUGAAAAUGAUACUCCAUUGUAGAUUACCUAUGAUGAAAAUUACAUUCUCUGCGGGCGCUGAUUUAGAUAUAUUACUAUGGGCAAAGGAAGUUCAAAAUUUAUCUCAGUCAAACAUGUGCAAAGGAAAUUCAAAAUAUGUUAUAUUAGGGAAGAUUCUUAAAUCAGUCAAGUAUCUAGAGGGUUGAUUAGGACACUCCUCAUAAUGUUUGGUACUUUACCAUUUGGGAUUAGGCCAUUGGUGAACAUGACAAUGCGGCUGUUGGUCACGGAUGCCGGGGGCAUGGGCAGGGUUGAGGAGCUCACACAGUGCUAUAUGUGACAACCUGCGACUGGUGGCUGGAGGUGGUGUGCCUGCUGCUUGGUUGGAAGUCCGACAUAAUCUCCCACGACCGACUGGUAAGCAUGGUUGUGAAGACCUUCCAGCAUUACCCAAGGAAGCUAACACACCAACUUGUGCCAUACGUGGUAUUUUCUUGUUGAUGAAUGUUGGUUGGGGCGGGGGUGAGGAGUUGGAGAGAGAGGUGGGCGUGUGCAUGAGUGUAGUGCGUCUGGAUGAUGGGAUGCACGAUGGAGUGAUCGGUGUGGUGGCCAGCGGUGCCUGUGCUAUUGAUGUUCGAUUUGAGGGGAAGAAGAAAGAUUGGCUGCUGAUUUUGGGAGGAAGAAGAGAGAUUAAGCGUGUUGUUGUUGUUGUUGUUGUCAUGUGUGGCCUUGGGAGAGGAAUAAAAGAGAGUAGUAAAGAGUUGUAGAGAGAUAGCGAGGGAUUGAGAGGCUACUGCUAUUUGUAUUGCAGUUGAUGCUUGCACAAUGCUAUUGCUUAUGACACUGGGGUAUUCAUCUUUGGGAUAAAAACAAUCAUUUCCCCCCUUCCAUAUUGUAGUCAUGACUUAGUUUUACUAACUAACCUCUCUAUAAUUAUUUUUGGAUUAUAUUUAGCUUUUUUGAAGUUGUAAAGAAUAGUUUUGACCUUUGUGGGUAGUCAAGCAAAUUCUGGUUCUUGGUUGAAAGCCCCUUGUCAUCAUAGUUUACUCAAAGGCAGCUUCAAAUUGAUUCCCGU